GCUGACUUUUAUGUUUUUGUAAUCCGAUUUGCUCUGUAUCAGCUGAUGAUUAAUAAUUUUGUGUUGUACUGAUAAUUUGUGAUUCAUACGCAAAAUAAAAUAGCAAACAUUAACAUUUUUGUUUGUAAUCCAACGCUGCUCUGCUAACGUGCGAAGACUGGAUGUAAAUUUUUUACAGGGUAACAUAAACUACUUUCACCCCUCAGAGAUGCCUAUCCUGUAUAGUGUUGUCAGCAGAGGCAGCACUAUUUUGGCAAAGUAUGCAACUUGUGCAGGGAAUUUUACAGAAGUUACCGAGCAGAUAAUAUCGAAAAUACCACCGCACAAUGACAAACUUACAUAUUCACAUGGCAAUUACUUGUUUCACUAUGUGUCAGAAAAUGGGAUCAUCUAUAUGUGUAUCACAGAUGAUGAAUUUGAGCGCAGCAGAGCUUUUCUAUUUCUCAAUGAAAUCAAAAGAAGAUUCCAGGCCUCCUAUGGAGCCAGCGUCGACACAGCCAUUGCAUACGCGAUGAAUUCUGAAUUUGCUAAAGUUCUGGCCAAUGAAAUGAAACAUUACUCCGAGUCACACGAUGUUGACACCAUUUCGAAAGUACAUAGUGAGUUGGAUGAAUUGAAAAAUAUCAUGGUAAAAAAUAUUGAUAAUGUGGCAAUGAGAGGUGAAAGAUUAGAACUAUUAGUGAAUAAAGCAGAAAAUUUAAAUUCUGGGUCUGUAACUUUCCGAACAACGAGUAGAAACUUAGCCCGCUCCCUAUUCUGGAAAAACGUGAAGCUGUAUGUGAUUAUUGGCAUUGUCGUAACUGUGAUUGUCUAUUUUAUCAUUUCCAUGGCUUGUGGGGGACUACUUUGGAAAGGCUGCAUAGCCAAAUGAACGAAUAGUAUAUUGUUCUGUUAUCAUAUUCUUAUUACUGUUAAACUUUACACUGUAGCCCAGGAUCGCAUCGUUGAAAUAUCGAAUUUUUGUGUCCAGGCAUAUAUGAAUAUGAUUUGAUCUUAAUAUAGAAAACAAUACCUGAAAUGUGACCAGCGAAGUACUCGAUGCAUGAGGAAAAUUACGGUGUUUUAGGUUUUAGGCUAAUUCAUACUUAUUUCUAUUGUGGAUUAAAGUGUAUUCCAUUAUUGUAUUACAUAUUUUAUUUGUUCAAUAUAGACUGUUUUUACACUGUGUU